AUGCUCCUCCAUCAUCUGCUCGUUUUUGUAUUCGCUCUGUGCGUAUCUGCUUCAUGGAUCUUUGAGCACGACCCGGGCGUCGCCCAGCACUUCGCCCGCCUCGAGUCCGACGGCCUAGUACGGCGAUCGCCUCAGGACGACAUCGAGAUAGCCGGUGGCCCAGGGAGACCUGGUCGACCAGGUGGACCGGGAAGACCUCCCAAGCCGUGUCGAAAGGGCGACAGACAUUGUCCCCAUCCCACUAGCACAAGGACGACUACUACGAGAACGACGAGUACCAGGACGACGAGUACCAGGAGGACAAGUACCAGAACAACCACCACCACAAAGACAACCACUACAAGAACAACGCGUACCACAACAACAUCCCAUCCCACCGGCACCCCAUGCGCGGGCAACACCCCAGAUACAAGAUCCCAAUGGUGCAACUACGACAUCAACACCAACUACCACGACACCAUUCCCGACACGGGCGUGACACGGGAAUACUGGCUGGAGAUCGACGAGCUGAUUGCUGCUCCAGAUGGGCUUCCUCGCCCGGCCAUGGCCAUCAACGGGACGAUUCCCGGACCCACGCUGUACGCAGACUGGGGCGACAAUGUCGUUGUUCAUGUGCGCAAUCUGCUGCAUGAGACGCUCAACGGGACGAGUAUCCACUGGCACGGGAUCCGGCAGCAGGGUAGUAACCAGAAUGAUGGUGUGGUCUCUAUUACGCAGUGCCCCAUCACGCCCGAGCAUGAGUAUACCUAUCGGUGGCGGGCACAGCAGUAUGGGACGUCGUGGUAUCACUCGCAUAUGGGUCUGCAAGCGUGGGAUGGCGUUGCGGGCGGUCUUGUCAUCAAUGGACCGGCGACUGCGAAUUACGAUGUUGAUGCUGGCACGAUUCUGCUGAAUGACUGGCCCCAUCAGACGGCCGAUGAGCUGUUCUGGGUUGCUCAGGUUUCGGGGCCUCCCACUUUGACGAAUGCCUUGAUCAACGGGACAAAUGUCUACGGCAGUGGCGACACCCAGACUGGCGAGCGGUUUGCACUAAAGGUCGAGGAGGACACCUCGUACAGGCUCCGACUUAUUAAUGGAGCCCUGGACACGCACUUUAAAUUCAUGAUCGACAACCACACGCUGACUGUCAUCGCCAUGGACCUCGUUCCGAUCGAGCCGUUUGAGGCUACUUCAGUCAGCCUUGCAAUGGGCCAACGCUACGAUGUAAUCGUAACAGCAAACCAAGCCUCCAUCGCCGACUCGUUCUGGCUGCGCGCGAUCCCGCAACAAGCCUGCAGCGACAUCGAGAACCUCGACAACAUCCGCGGGAUCUUCCACUACACCGACGAAGCCACCAUCCCAGAUACGAACCCCUGGCCGUUCGAAGACAGCUGCCAGGACGAGGUUGCGAGUAGACUCAUCCCGAAAGUAUCCCGUAACGUGCAGCCUCCCGACUGGCAAGACAACACACUUGCGACUGUCGGCCGAAACCCAGCAAACCUCUUCCGCUGGUACCUCAACAGCACGACCAUGGAAGUCUUCUGGGAGAAUCCAACACUACUGCAGAUCGCAAACGAGGAUAACGUGUGGGAGCAGCAGAGCGCGGUCAUCGACCUCCCCAACGCCGACGAAUGGGUCUACCUCAUCGUCAACACCACCAUCCCCGUAAACCACCCGAUCCACCUGCACGGGCACGAUUUCUUUAUCCUCGCGCAGGGGACAAAUCCGUGGGACGGGAGGUUGCAGACGAAUAACCCUCCCCGUCGUGAUACCGCCGUCUUACCAGGGAACGGGUACCUGGUGAUGGCGUGGGAGACGGAUAACCCCGGGGCGUGGCUGAUGCAUUGUCAUAUUGGGUGGCAUACCACUGAAGGGUUUGCGUUGCAGUUUGUGGAGAGGUAUGAUGAGGUCCGGAAGGGGGGGAUUAUUGAUGCGAGGCAGUUGAAGAGGACGUGUAAUUUGUGGAAUGGGUAUGAUGAGGAGUUUGGGAUUGAGCAGCAUGAUUCGGGGGUUUGA